AAGUGGGUGUGGCGCAGUAGGCGGGGCAUUGCCAGGGCUGAUUGGGGCCACUGGUCCCUCAAUGAUGAUGAAACCGUUCCUGACCUACUCUGUCGAUACGACGUCGCCAGUUGGACUUUUUCCAAACUUCAACACGAUGGACCCAGUGCAGAAGGCCGUCAUCAAUCACACCUUCGGUGUUACCAUGGUGCCCAGAAAGAGACAGGUCAUCUCAUGUAACGUCUGUCAGCUGAGGUUCAACUCUGAUUCUCAAGCAGAGGCUCAUUACAGAGGCAGCCGUCACGCCAAGAAGCUCAAGUCUCAGGAGAACAAGACCAAGACCAAGCUGUCAAUCACCGCAGAGACCAAUGGGAGCUACUCCAGUCCCGCUGGCCCUGCCCCUCCCGCCUCAUUUAACAGCAUUACCAAUCAGCACACAGAAUUCUUAUCCAGCCUCACAGACUCCUCGACUCCCCUCAAACCUUUCCUCCUCCUCCCCUCUUCCUGCUCUCCUCCCUCCUCCUCCUCGCCCUCGUCCAGUAGAGCAAGCAGUGAGCCUCCUCCCUCCAGUCCACCCUCCGCUCUACCUGCUCCGGCCCUCUCUUUCUCGUCCUCCACCUCUUCUGCUUCCUCCAAAGCUUCCCCUCCUCUGCCUCCUCCAGCUCCUGUCACCUCGUCUUUGUCCCAUGCUCCUCUUACUCCUCCUUCCUCCCAGGAUGCACCUCUCCCUGCUGAAUCUGAGGAGGAGAAGGCAAAGAAGCUGCUUUACUGCUCCCUUUGCAAAGUGGCUGUCAACUCUCUGUCUCAGUUGGAGGCUCAUAACUUAGGUUCAAAGCACAAGACGAUGCUGGAGGCCCGGAGCGGCGCAGGGCCGAUCAAGGCCUUCCCUCGUCCCGGAGCAAAGCUGAAGAACGGCAUCAGCUUGGGAUUGAAAGGCUCAGGCCUGCAGAACAAAACCUUCCACUGUCAGAUCUGUGACGUCCACGUCAACUCUGAGAUCCAACUCAAACAGCACAUCUCCAGCAGGAGGCACAAAGACCGAGUGGCAGGAAAACCCAGCAAACCCAAAUACAGCCCUUACAACAAACAGCAGAGAAACACUCUCACAAAUGAGUUAGUGAAGCCCUCCCUCUCUCCUUCCUUCCUCUCCACAACCUUCGCUCCUCCGCCCUCCACCCUCACCACCUCCAUCUCACUCGCUCCCUCCUCUCUCUCAUCCUGUCCCCUCCUCACGCCUGCCUCCUCACCCCUCACCCCGACUAUCUCUCUCCACCCUCGCCUUUCGGCCUCCUCGUCCCUCUUCACCGCCUCCUUCCUGCGUCCGGCCCCUGGACCAAUGAGAGCGGGCCAAGGGUCAAUUCUCUUCACGCCAUACUGACAACAGAG